UAGUAUGGUUACAAGCCGAUGGACCAGAUACCUGGAUUGACAGGCAAACAAUUCUCGGCUGCGCCGGAAGAAGCCACUUGCAUCGAUAAGAAUCAUCCAUAAAUCUGUAGAUUAAUCGAUUGUGGAGACAUGCACAGGUCCUUGCGAGAGAAGCAAAAAGAACGCAAUAGCCUGCACUGCUGGUGAAAGGAUUGUCGACUAUUGUAGCAUAGCUGAAGACGAGAAUGGACGUAAAUACUAGCAGUCACCGUGAGAGAUUUUCAACACAUCUGCAAAAAAAGCUGAAGUUUGGAACAUCCUUGGAUUCUACAAGGCCGCAAAACCAGACAAACAGAGGCAGAAAGUUCCUGCACCAGGGGGACAAAGAUGGCGGAGGCACAGGUGUGUGUUCAGUCUUGAUAGGGCAAGCUAAAGGGCACGUGAAAGGAAGGUGGGCUUUGACUUUGGAGGCGCCUCCCGGGGAUGAUGACCUUCUUUCACAUUCUGUUGUCCCAGAAAAGCUGCUUGAAUGUAUAGCAUGAUGAUGGAGACCGACCUCCACUCCCCCGGCCCCCAAACCAACACGGCCGGGGGGCAAACGGGGCCCAACGCAGUCUCCAAGGCGAACCAGGAACGGGUGAAGAGGCCCAUGAACGCCUUCAUGGUGUGGUCCCGCGGUCAGCGGAGGAAGAUGGCGCAGGAGAACCCCAAAAUGCACAAUUCGGAGAUCAGCAAACGGCUGGGGGCCGAAUGGAAGGUGAUGUCCGAGGCUGAGAAGCGGCCCUUCAUCGACGAGGCCAAGAGGCUGCGGGCCAUGCACAUGAAGGAGCACCCGGAUUACAAGUACAGACCCAGGCGGAAGACCAAGACGCUCCUCAAGAAGGACAAGUACUCUCUCGCCGGUGGACUGCUCACCGGAGCCGGCGGAGCCGGCGGCUUAGGCAUGGCGUCCUCCGCGGUGGGCCAGAGACUGGAGAGCCCGGGGGCGCCUCACGGCGGCUCCGCCGGCUCUGGCUACGCUCACAUGAACGGCUGGGCGAACGGCGCCUACCCGGGACAGGUAGCUGCAGCCGCGGCCGCCGCUGCCAUGAUGCAAGAGGCGCACCUCGCCUUCGGGCAGCACCCGGGCGGAGGCGCGCACCACGCACUCAACCACCACCACCCGCAUCACCACCCGCAUCACCACCACGCACACCCGCACCACCACCAUCACCACAACCCUCAGCCCGUCCACCGCUACGACAUGAGCGCGCUCCAGUACAGCCCCAUCUCGAACUCGCAAAGCUACAUGAGCGCGUCCCCGUCCGGUUACGGCGCCCUCGGCUACACGCAGCACCAAGCCUCCGCUGUCUCCUCUUCGUCCUCCUCUUCGUCCUCCUCUUCCUCCGCCGCCGCUGCCGCCGCCUCCUCCAUGGGGACGCUGGGCUCGCUGGUGAAGUCCGAACCGAGCGUCAGCCCACCGGUGACCGCGGCCCACCAGCGAGGCCCCUGUCCAGGGGACUUGAGGGAGAUGAUAAGCAUGUACUUGCCCACCGGGGAGCCGGGGGACCCCGCCAUGCAGAGCCGGCUCCACGCCUUGCCGGCGCACUACCAGAGCGCCACGGCCGGAGUGAACGGGACGGUCCCGCUGACUCACAUCUAAGGACCCCCCCACUCCACCCCCUGAUUUAUUAUUCAAUCAUUGGAAACUGCAAACGAACACAUAACCAAAUAUUUACCUCUUUUUUAGCCCUGCUCCUGUCAACUACCUGCAUUUUGUACAGAAUGUUUAUCACAUUGUAAAUGAAAGCUACAACAUUCUUAGUUUCUUUUUUGGGGGGGGGGGGAUAAGGAGGGGGCUCAGAUUUUAUUAUUUUAUUUUUUAGUUAUUGUGCUAUAAUCCUUUUAAGUCUAAGCUAUGCCUGGUGCACCUUAGACACCCCCACCCCCUUUUAUUUCUUGUAAGUUAUUGAAAAAAUGUCUACAAUAUUAACAGAAAGUGCUUUUUUAAAAAAAAGAAAGAAAGAAAUGGGAGAGAAUAAUCGCUUUUAAAACUUUAAAACAUUUUGUGUUUCCACUCCCUCCGUUUUAUUGUAACAAUCCCUUCCUGUAAAAUUGUGAAUACUUUUAAUAUUUGAAAGAAAGGAUGACUUGGCAACGUGCUGUUUUAAUUGUAAUUUAUGUGCUUUUCUCUACAAAAAAGAGAAAAAGCAUUGAUACUUACUGCAAUGGCACACACACUCAAAGAAUGGAAUAAAUUUCACAAGAUGUUG